AUGGAGCGGUUUCGUCGUAGCCCUUUAUCCUCUCCAUCGAGUGUCAACGAAACAUCUUUACUGUGGACAGACCAGCGGAAAUACACGGUCAUUGUUGAUGCCGGUUCAUCUGGGUCGCGUCUGAUGGUCUAUUCAUGGCGAGAUGUCGGAUGGGACAGAAAGUACCGACUGCAUCACCAGCUUCCGCUCGAUGUCUUACCUACGAUCGAGCGGGGCGUACCGCCAGAGUCCGACCAGGCGUGGCAGGUAAAAGUUGAGCCAGGUCUCUCUUCGUUUGCGGGUCGAACGGGUGAGCUCCGGCCCUACUUGGAGGGACUACUUCUACAUGUGCGUGCUGUGGUACCUGAGCAUGCGUUACCGCAUACGCCCAUUUACGUCAUGGCUACGGCAGGCAUGCGACUGCUCGAACCUGUAGAGCGACAAGCGAUUCUCUUGGAAACAUGUCGUGUUCUUCGUGAACAUCCCUUUCAAUUUGAGGGGUCUCUUUAUGACUAUACGGAUGCCGAUGCAGACAGUGCUUGUCAGGGCCAGGUCCGUGUAAUCUCAGGCGAAGAAGAAGGGCUCUUUGGCUGGAUCGCUAUCAACUAUCUCAUGAAUGGAUUUAGUACGUCGGACAAAACGUUUGGGUUUUUGGACAUGGGUGGUGCUAGUACGCAAAUUGCCUUUGCGCCAGCAGACACGUCGACCGGGGCCGAUCUGUUCAAUGUGACGCUACAAAAGCUCGAUGCAUCCAAGGAAUCUCACCAUGUGUUUGUCACUACGUUCCUCGGCUACGGUACGAAUGCUGCACGAACACGUUAUCUAUACUCGCUGAAGGACGGCGAUACUACUGCCUUGCCCGAUAGCUAUGUUGACCCAUGUUUGCCUAAAGGACUGCAGCUGUCGUUGGACGAUGGUCAAGGGCAUGUGCAAGGCACGGGCUCUCUUCGGCAAUGCAUGGCGCAGCAAGUGCCGUUGCUGGAUCAAGGCGCUGCAUGCUCUGUCCCCCCCUGCCUCUUCCAUGGUGUGCACGUCCCGCCCAUCGAUUAUACUAAAAACGAGUUUGUGGGAGUGUCUGAGUACUGGUACAGCUCGCAUGAUGUGUUCGAUUUAGGCGGGUCCUAUGACCACAAGAAAUUUCAUCAAGCGGCGGACGAGUUUUGUGCGUCAGACUGGUCGCAGUUGGAAGCGAAUUUUAAGGCACACAAGUACCCCAGUCAAGUCACACUUUCACGGCUCCAAAUGCAAUGUUUUAAAGCGGCGUGGAUGUCGACGGUGCUUCACGAAGGUCUCCAAUUGCCUCGUGAGCACAACCAAAGCCUUUUUCAAAGUGUCAACGAUGUCCAUGGACUGGGCGUCAGCUGGACGUUGGGCAAGGCCUUGUUAGAAGCCAACAAGGAUGUCACGCUGCAAGCGCCUCAUUGGCCGAUCCCUGCAUAUGCCGCCACUUCCUGGCUGUGGCUCGUGGGCUUUCUCGCUGUGGCUCUUCUGGGCGCUGUGGCCUUGGCUCUCCGACGCCGCUGGGAUCGCGCUCGCGUCCUUUGGAUGCCCUUGGCCACCACCGACUCGAUGGAGACACCCGUGGAGGAGCACAGUAUGGUCGUCCCUAUGCCCCAAGCUGAUGAAGACGACAUAUCGGACGCCUCCACGCCGUCGUUGGAAGACAAGCGCAGUAAGGCCGGGGGUGCCUGGGGCCGCUUCUUAUCACGUACGGCCUCCUAUGCUUCGCUGCAAUGGGAAAAAAUGGCCAUCACGCCGCCACGCAGUGCGUCUGUAUCCGCCUCGCGACGGUCUAGUAUCACGCGCCCUCUUCCACGCCUGGGCUCCGACCGUUCGGAAGCGCCGUUGCGCGUGACGAGUCCCCCCAUGCCAUGGACACCGUCGUGGAUCCACCGUACAUCCUCGCCACUUACUGUCAAGAUACCCAUCCUCCCUCUCAGUGACACAGCGCCUGACGCAUCUACGCCUGAUGCUCUCACACGCUCCGUCUCGCCCAAGUCCGAUCGGCGCCCUACGCUAUCGACAUGGAGUGGCGGUGGUCCUCUUUCUCGCGACAACUCGCUCGUGUUCACUACAGCGGUAUCGUCAGGCUACCUAGGCUCGCGCCCGCCAUCGCGUGUUUCAUCACCUCGGCCCCUCGAUGCACGUCGUGCAUCGUCGCCGAAUGCCUUGACGUUGCCUCUUUCCUUGUCGGUGCGCUCCGAUAUCCGUGGACGUCCCACGUCCACACCCAGCCCAGGGCCAGGCGCCAGUCCGAUUUUGCAUGCUCGUACGAAUCCUCUUCCCAGUCCCGAUAUAAGUUCUUUCCCGGAGGGGCCUUAG